AUGCAGAGUUCCAACCAUCAAGCAAUAAAAUAAUCUAGCUGUCUUGAUUACAUUUUUGACUCAUGGAGUAAAUCAAUUGAUACUUCAAGAACAAAGGAACCCUAAUAAAUAAAAUUAAAAUCACCAAAUAGAAGAUAAAAUCAUUUUUAAUAUAAAUCUACAUUAGACUAGAAUUAUGAAUAUGAUCACGAUUAAAUAAGUACAACAAAAUCUCAAUUACAUUAAAAAAAUUACAAUGUUCCUUUAAAUUCAUAUAUCAACAAUCUCGAUGGUCGUAAAGAUGAACGAAAAGAUGUACAAUUUUUAUCUAUAAAGAGAAUUAUUAAAAAUUAAGUUAGAGCUCAAACAAUAAAUCUUCAAAUAAAGGUAGAGCUGAGGUCUGAAUGCAUUGCUAACUAUUCAACAAUCUUUUCUUAGCCUAUUAAAAACAGUUAACCAAAUUCAUUGAGUUAUUCUUUAAACUGCAAAUUAAUUCUUCCAAAAAUUAAGUAGAUAAAAACUUAAAAAGUAGUAGGAAUAAGAAAAUUUUAAGUUAUUUGUAAGGUAAUUGGGAAAUUUAUUCUAUUGUUCUAUCACAUUUUACCCAGUACGAGUCCAAAAAGAAUACUAAUAAAUAGUAAAGUAAAAUUGGCUCUAAAUCUCAGGAAAACUUUUAAAUUUGAUAGAAAUAUAAAAUAAUCUCUAUCAAAAUCUUUUAAGUAAUGGAUAGAACCCUCUUUAUAGAAAAUAUUUUACUAUCUGCAAAAUUCAUUUCCUAAAAUUUUUCAAGAAAAUAUAUUUGAUUAGAGAGAAGUUCAGGAUUCAGAAUCAAUCUGGACUUUAAACUUUGCAAAAUUUUUAUUUUAAAAUUUAGAACUCAUUACUAGAAAAGGCAAUAUACCAAAAGAAAUAAUAAAUGCAAUGUCAUAAUCUAUAUACAAAGAAAAUAAUUAAUUUGUAUAGUUGUUCGUGGCAUAAAGAACUCAUUUUAAUAAAAAACCAUUCAGUAUUAUGGAACUCUAAUUAUUAUCUUCUGAAUAUAUUUUAUUUAACGGAAUAGUGAUACAACUAUUUGAAUUAGCGAAUAAUUUGAAAUAUCAAUCAUUUAAUCACAAUGUUAAUUGCAAAAUAUAAGUAUUAAAAUUGGUAAGCAUCCUGAACCUAUACUACAUAAGAGCCUUCUAAGAUAUGCCAUUAAUAAAUUAGAAUAUUCAAGAAGAUCAAUUAUACACUAGAAUGAUACACAUUACUCCUGAUGAAGAUUAACUUUUAUAAUUGUUGGAUACAAAGGAAAAAAGCAAAUAGGAAAGUAUGAUUUUAGGAUUGAAACAUGAAUAAUAAAUUUAACUAGUACUUUAAUAAAGAGAGAAAUAGAACUAAAAACUAGAAUUACUAUUCAAAAAAUUUAUCCAUAAUUUGGGUUCUUAAGUAGUGAUUUUUUGA